AUGUGCAAAAGUGAAGCUUCGAACAUCUUGGGAGUUUCAAAAGGUGGUAUAAGUACUGAGAAAGAUCCUACUUGGUGGAAUGAGGAAGUCAAAGAAGCUGUUAAAAUCAAGAGAGAACUCUUCAAACUUUGGCAGCUCACGAAACUGGACGUGGACAAGAUGGAGUACAUAAAAGCUAAAAAGUCAGCAAAACAAAAGGUGGCACAGUCGAUUGCUAAUUCAAAAGAACAAUUUUAUCGUAGACUUGAGGACGCCAAAACGGAUGUUGAAGUAUUCAGAAUCGCGAAACAACGGCACAAGACCUCACUGGACAUAAAACGUAGCUGGUAUGAAAUACCAGCUGACCUAUGGAAGAAGAUGGGUCCUAUAGGAUGGGAAUGGCUGGCACGACUGUUUAAUGUGAUUUUAGCGACUACUAAGAUACCGAAUUCUUGGCGACAGAGUUUUCUUAUACCUUUCUUUAAAAACAAAGGCGAUGUAAGUGUGUGUGGAAAUUACCGUGGAAUUAAACUUACCUCACACACUUUGAAAGUCUGGGAAAGGAUUAUAAACAAUCGCCUCAUAACUCUGGUGGAUGUGUCGGUAAACCAGUUUGGCUUCACUGCUACCAGAAUGCCGAUCAAGACCAAAGGCAAAGUGUAUAAAACGGAAAUAAGACCUGCCUUAACAUAUGGUGCUGAGUGCUGGGCGCUGAAAAAGGUGCACGAACAAAAAGUCCAUACCAACGAAAUGAGGAUGCUGAGAUGGGCUGCGGGUGUAACUAGACUUGAUAAAGUGCGUAACGAGCACAUCAGAGGAAGUUUCAAAAUAGCGCCCAUCACUGAGAAACUCUCCGAACAGAGGCUGAGGUGGUAUGGACAUAUUAUGAGGCGUGGCGAUGACCAUGUCGUGAAAAAGGCACUGGCCCUUCAGGAAACCAAAAGAGGACCAGGGCGCCGGCCUGCUACUUGGUGGUCUACCGUGUCAAAGGAUUUAGAACGAGCCCAAUUAAAUCCACAGACAACCCAGGACAGACGGUCCUGGCGCAUGAGAACGAGGAGAGCCGACCCC